AUGUCUCAUCAUUGUCCCUCAUGUGGAAAAACAUUUCAAGACCAUACCUCUGUUGCUCGGCACAUGAGCCAACCUCGGUCUGGAUGCAACACCUGGUUGGAAGACCUAAUCAACUCCACCACAUUAUCCAAUGAAGAUCAUCCCAUGGACUCAGCAGAUGGCUCGGACGUUGAACCCUUUCAAGGACUCAGUGACAAUUUCUAUGACUUUGGUGAUUUUGUGCAUGGAGGUGGAAGUGAGCGUGAGCGCAAUAGUGAAUUGACUGGUGAAGAUGGCUAUACAUUCUUAGGCCUCAUACAUCAGAAAACAAACCUUUACUAUCCUUUUAGCACAUGGCUGCUACGUUCAGGCCUGAGCAUGGGGAAGAUUGAUUCUUUUUUAUCACUCGAAAUGAUCAAGGAUUUACCCUUAUCAUUCCGUUCAGCCAAAGAAUUACGGGGUCGAGCAGAGAUGCUGCCCAGUGGUCCACAUUGGCAGUCUCGAUCACCUGUGGUUCUGUACUGGCCCGCGAUCUUCAACCAUCCGGUGUACACCACCACGGAGAAGAAGUGUCGCGUAUUUACUGAAUGGAUGACAGAAAAUGACGCAUGGGACAUGCAGUCGGCAAUCCCUAGUGGCGCGACUCUCCUUGGCACCAUUCUUUCUUCCGACAAGACGAAUAUCACUUCAUUAACAGGGGAUCCCCUACUACCCGUUCCAAAGUUUAUCCAUAAGAAGAAGAGAAUGAGGGGCAUGUUGGAGGAUCGCCUCGUGCACCAAUGCCUCGACAUCGUUCUUGAACCUUUAAAGCAAGCUGCUCGAUCAGGCAUCAUGUUAUUGGAUCCCAUCGGACAUAAUCCCUUCCAGCAUGAACCCCGGACAAAAUCGACUACUCUUGCGCAGCUUGCUGUUGCAAAGUCAUGCGCCGAUCCCAAUGAUGUUGAGAAACCGUUCUGGUGGGACUGGUUACUAGCGGAACCCUCCCAUUUUUUCACGCCGGAAUCACUCCACCAUAUUCACAAGCAAUUCUAUGACCAUGACGUGAAAUGGCUCAUUUGUGCUGUUGGAGAGUCUGAGAUAGACUUCCGUUUUUCUGUCUUACAGCCAAUGACUGGCUACCGGCACUUUCUCACUGGGCGCUUACCUACUGAUGUUCUCGCUGCUGUACGUGCACUCAUGCAAUUCCGAUAUCUCGUGCAGUUGCCACAUGUUGAUGAGGAGAAUCUGAAGCGUAUCUCAAGCACAUUAGCUGAGUUCCAUGCCAAAAAGGAUGCAAUCAUUGCUGCUGGGGUUCGCCGGGGGAGUGGCAAUAGAGUCAUCAACAAAUGGUAUAUACCCAAGCUGGAACUGAUGCAAAGCAUCAUUGCCAGCAUUCGCAACUCUGGCAUCAUAGGACAAUGGUCUGCUGACGUUACUGAACAUGCUCACAUCACUGAGGUAAAAGAUCCCGCAAGAUCAACCAAUAACAACAACUACAACCCUCAGAUUUGCCGAUAUCUUGAUCGUGCCGAAAAGUGUCGUCGAUUUGAGCUUGCUACUGGCAUUUUAGAUUGUGAGGAGAGUGUUGGGAAGCUUGGAGAUUUAGAUCCUGAUGAUGAAGAUACCGAUGUUGAUGAUGCUGAUCGCACUGCCCUUCAUCUUGUGUAUGAUCCCUCCAUUCAGAACAUUACUGUUGAUGAAGCCACCAUUAAAUUCGCCCUACCGGAUUUACAACCAGCCAUUGCUGAUUUCCUCCAAUGGGAGGCAACUUAUGGACAUGCACACGUUCAUGCGAUAGGCGGUCCUAGAAGGGCUGGGCCUACCGCUAUCCUUCCAUUUGACAAAAUUCAAGUCUGGUUCAAAAUUCGUGUGCAAGAGAUGGAGCUAUAUGAUGCUCACGCUGUUAGAUCAGCUCAGAUGCUGAAUUGUGCACCACCCAACAACCCCUGGACCCUAGGCCAUUAUGAUACGAGCAUCUUCAAGACUGACGCAAGCCACACAUGGCCUAACAGUGGUCUUUCUGGUCACACAGUCGCCCAGAUAAGACUUAUCAUGCGACCUAUUGGUAAGAGCAGCACACGAUGGUUAUGGAAAGACCAAUUUCUCACCUAUGUCCAACGUUUCGACAUCUCGAACGAUCGAGAUCCAACUACGCAGCUGCAUCUGCUCAAGCGAGCCAAGCAUUCAAAUGGAAACCGAAUGGGAGAUGUCAUACCUGUCUCUCAAAUGAGGGCCCCCAUCAACCUAAUCCUGCGCUUUGGCGCUAUUGCAGAUGUCCGUUUAACAGCAUACAACAGCAUGGAGCAUGCCGCGGAGUUUUGGUUGAAUGAGUUUUGGGACAAAACCACGUUCUUUGUGCUUUCAAGGUAA